UGAAGCAACCGUUUCUGCCGCGAUCCGCCGCCGCCCAAUGCGGGAUGAUGAAAUAGAAAACGUUCUCUUUUAUGGCAGUGACGCAGACGACAGCGAAGACGAUGAAGGCGAAGAACGGUUUCCUAUAGUUUUGCCAAGAGUAUCCCGGGUGUACUUAUCUGACAUCGACAGUGAUGACGAAAUAGAGUCAUCAACAACCGUGGAGUACUCUUGGCCACCUCCAAAUCCAGUCCCUGCUACUUCGGUUGUCGAACCUACGGAGCCAGCACCAACCCCAAUUAUAGAGCCCACAGAGCAGCCAACAACAGCCGCAGAUUGUCCAGCUCCUUAUCCAGAGAAAUUAAGGUUUGUAUGGAGACAGUUCCCACAGCCUCAAGUUUCACCAAACUUAAGAAGGGAAAGCUUCUCCCAGGCUAAUAGACGCACUGCUCUUUAUACCAACCCUUACGAAGCAUUCGUUGCAAUAUGGGAUCGUUCUAUUAUUGAGCAUGUAGCCAACGAAACAAAUAAAUACGCUCAGCAGUUAGCAGCGGCAAUGCUGCUGCAGGGAAUCGCUCCCAAUAGCAGAAUAAUAAGAUGGGUAGACACAACAGUGGACGAGUUAUAUACUUAUUUUGCUUUAAAUUUGGCCAUGGGUAUCGUAGUGAAAAGCCGUCUAGACGAGUAUUGGAACACCACCAAAGACAUAUUUUGUACUCCAGAAUUCUCCACCAAUAUGUCUAUCGACCGCUUUUUACUGCUGAGCAAGUGUUUGCACUUUAACGACAAUGCCACAUGUACCGCUGACAGACUUUCAAAUGAUGAAGCGAAAUUGCAUAAAUUGUUGCCUAUUGUGCAGCAUCUCAAUAUUAAAUUAUCUUCAUUGUACACUUUAGGCCAAAAUAUUGCAUUAGACGAAAGUUUAACACAAUGGAAGGGUUGGCUAAAUAUUAAAAACCACAUACCUAACAAGGCAGCACAAGUAGGCAUUAAAACUUAUGAAAUAUGCGAAUCCCAAACGGGCUACCUAUGGCGAUUUCAGGUAGAGGCAAAACAGAGCGUCACAAACCAGAAUGAGCAGGAUCCCAUAUCUGGAAAAAUACCGACUCUUGUGCUUAAACUUCUCCGUGGUUUGGAGCACAAGGGUCACACAGUAUGGAUGGACAACUAUUAUAACUCCCCUGCUCUAGCGAGGGAGUUGAAGCUUUUGGGGUUUGACUGCGUUGGUACUCUACGCACAAAUCGUCAAUUCGUUCCCGUUGAGUUGACAAAUUUGACAAAUAGGGAUAUGAAUGUCGGCCAGGUGUGCGGUUGCACAUCCGGAGAUGUUGACCUUAUUGUAUGGCGAGAUAAGAAGCGUGUUGCUCUUAUUUCGACAUACCAUGGCUUAACAACUCUGGAAUGCGGUGGCAUAGUCAAACCUGCUCUCAUACACGAUUAUAAUAUCUGUAUGGGAGGGGUUGAUAAAAAAGACCAAAUGCUAGCCAUGUACCCCAUAGAACGGACACGCACAAAAGUGUGGUAUAAAAAAUUUUUCAAACGGCUACUAAAUGCUAGCACAUUAAAUGCGUUUAUAAUGCUUAAACAAAACGACCCGUCAAUGACACACCGAAAUUUUCGUAAAUACUUGGUGAUUCAGUUGCUUCAGCGUCACAAGCCAGUCUCGCCACGUCCACCGGCAAUUUUAACCAUACCCGGAAGGCAUAUGCCUAAAUAUUUUGAAAAAGUGUUACAACAUGCUGGUUAUCCUCGGCAUCGACGAAGGAAAUGUGUUGUGUGCCGCAAACCCACAAUUUCAUACUGCGAAGGGUGUGAUGGCAAGGCUUUGUGCGUAUCGUCAUGCUUUUCACUGUAUCAUCCUUAGAGGUCACAGCUGAAAUAAUAAAGAUUCUCAUCCUAGUCUUUAGGUUAGCAGUCCUUUCUGUAAUGUUUGU